GCUUUUGCUUACGUCAUCAGUGCGAGACAUCGCGUGCAGGUCUGUGAAGGACGCCGAAGUUUGGGAUGAAAUAAUUAAAAAGAUUAAAAACAUAGGCUGGUUGUUAAGCUUGUUUUAGGUUAUGUGUGAGAUUUAACUUAAAAUCUCGGAGAAAUCCAAAAAUAAAACAGCAGAAAGCAAGAGGAAGGCACUCUAAUCGGUGUCGCUAUCAUGGCGCUGUCAUGUUUAACCCGAGCUCUGCGCUCUCUGACCCUCUCCCAGCCUGCUCUGCUCUCUUCACAGACGCCGGUCGCUCAGCUGAAGCUGGGAACUCUGGUGCCCAGUACAGUCAGCCAGUGCAGAGGCUUCCUGACCACUGCCUCUCUGAAGCAGAACAGGGCGUACUUGAAACAGUUGGAUAAGUACACCAUAAGGCCAAUAGGGAUAAAAAAGUCUGGAGGGAGAGAUCACACAGGAAAGGUUCGCACACGGGGCAUUGGUGGAGGCCAUAAACAGAAGCACCGGUGGGUAGACUUCCAGCGAUUACGCUAUGAACCCAACAAAGAAGGUCAGCCUUUUGAGGAGAAGGUUGUCGAGGUGCGCUACGAUCCAUGCAGGUCUGCUGAUAUCGCUCUGCUAGCAGGAGGCAACCGCAAAAGAUGGAUCGUUGCAACAGAGAAAAUGCAGGCUGGAGACAUCAUAAAAACAUCUGGUGUCAUUGGACGCAUGGCAGUAUCAGCAAAUGAAGGGGAUGCUUACCCACUGGGGGCUCUUCCUGUGGGGACGCUAGUGAACAACCUGGAGAUUCAGCCAGGAAGAGGAUCAAAGUACAUACGUGCUGCAGGCACAAGUGGCAUUUUGCUGCGUAAAGUAAACGGGACCGCAAUCGUUCAGCUCCCUUCGAAGCAGCAGGUUCAGGUGUUGGAAACCUGUAUAGUAACGGUGGGCCGCGUGUCAAACAUCGACCACAACAAACGGAUCAUCGGCAAAGCCGGUCGCAACCGCUGGCUGGGGAUCCGCCCGUCCAGCGGCUUGUGGAAGAGGAAAGGAGGCUGGGCGGGACGGAAGAUUAAACCGCUGCCUCCGAUGAAGAGCUACGUUAACCUGCCAUCGAUCUCCGCUAACUAACACAAAAUGACUCUGUAUUUGGUCUGCAGGAGAUAUUGCUGGAAGAAAAAAACAAACAAAUAAAGACAAGCUGCUUGUACGGAAGAUUAAAAAUUUUAUUAAACACAA